CACAUGGAGAAUACUACAAAGGUGACUCAUUUUAUUCUGCUGGGUCUAACCAACACCACAGAUCUUCAAAUCCCACUCUUUGUCUUGUUCACCCUCAUUUACCUCAUCACUCUGACUGGAAACCUGGGGAUGAUGGUGUUAAUCAUGUUGGACUCUCGUCUCCACACUCCCUUGUAUUUUUUCCUCAGUAACCUGUCUUUUGUGGACUUGUGUUACUCUACAACCAUCACUCCCAAGGUCAUUGCUGGGUUCCUUAUACAAGACAAAGUCAUCUCCUACAAUGCCUGUGCUGCUCAGUUAUUCUUUUUCGUAGCCUUGGCCACUGUGGAGAAUUUACUCUUAGCCUCUAUGGCUUAUGACCGCUAUGCAGCAGUGUGUAAGCCUCUCCAUUAUACCACCAUCAUGACGACAAGUAUGUGUGCUCGCCUGGCCGUAGGUCCCUACAUCUACGGUUUCCUGACUGCCUCUAUUUACAUUUGUAAUACUUUCAACCUCUCUUUCUGUAAGUCCAAUGUGGUCCAUCAAUUUUUCUGUGACUUUCCAGCAGUCAUGGCUCUCUCUUGCUCUGAUAAACAUAUUAGUGAGUUGAUUCUUCUUUUUAUAUCAAGCUUUAAUGUGUCUUUUGGUCUUCUGGUUAUCAUGAUUUCCUAUCUAUUUAUAUUUAUCACCAUCUUGAAGAUGCAUUCUUCUCGGGGACACCAAAAAGCUUUAUCCACAUGUGCAUCCCAUCUCACUGCAGUCUCCAUUUUUUAUGGGACAAUUAUUUUCAUGUAUUUGCAGCCGAGUUCCAACCAUUCAAUGGACACAGAUAAAAUUGCAUCUGUGUUCUAUACUAUGGUCAUCCCCAUGCUGAAUCCUGUGGUGUACAGCCUUAGAAACAAAGAAGUCAAGAAUGCAUUCAAGAAGGUUGUUGAGAAGACAAAGUUGUCUGGAAGACUCUGCUUUUAA